AUGGUUGAAAUAGAGACACUAGAAGUAAGUUUUGUUGAACUUCCAACUAUUGAUAAGGUUGAAAUGGAAAUUCGAAUUAUAAAUGAUGGUGAAAUGGUUUACGAGGAUUUUUAUAAAAACUUUAUGUUAAAUAACUCUCCAUGUGUAAUAAAAAAUGUUUGUGGAAAUUGGAAAGCAUACAAUGAGUGGGUUCUAAAUAAUAGAAUAAACUGUAAAUAUUUCAUACAAAAUUAUGGCGAAUUUGAAGUUCCUAUCUCAGAUUGUGAAAAAAUUGAUUACAAUGCUCAGUGUAAAUUCACUAUGGAAGUUAAAGAAUUUAUGGAAUAUUUAAAACAUAGCAAUAAAGAAAAACUCUUGUAUCUAAAAGAUUGGCAUUUAAAAGCCAAAUUAAAGGAAAUGAAUUUAAGAAAUGAUUUCUACAAGGUUCCUGAAUAUUUUGCCUCUGAUUGGCUUAAUGAAUAUGCAGAAGAUAAUGGAGAAGAUGAUUUUCAGUUUGUUUACAUUGGCCCAAAAGAUUCAUGGACACCAUUGCAUGCUGAUGUAUACACAUCAUAUAGCUGGUCUGUUAAUAUUGUUGGGAAAAAGAAAUGGGUAUUAUUCCCACCAGGUGAAGAAGAAAAACUCAGGGACUCUCUUGGAAACUUGCCAAUACUAUUCAAAAAGGAAAAUUAUGAAAACAUCAGAUAUUCAGAAGUUAUUCAAGAAAGUGGUGAUGCUAUAUUUGUUCCAACUGGUUGGCAUCAUCAAGUUGUUAAUUUAUAUGACACAAUUUCUAUAAACCACAAUUUCAUUAAUUCCUGUAAUAUAGAAAAGGUUUGGAAUGCCUUACAAAAGAAUUUGAGUGAUGUUGAAAAAGAAAUUGAGGAAUUUAAAGAUAGCCCUGAAUACUUAAAACAAUGUCAACUUAUUUUAAAAUCUAUAUUUGGUAUGAAUUUUAAAUCUUUUGUGAAAUUAAUUAUGCACAUAGCUGAAAAGAGAUUGAAUCAAAUAAAUAGUAUGCCAUUUACAGUAUUUGAUUCAUAUAAUUUUGGUAAUAACCAUAUAAUGUUUGAUUUACACAUUUUGUACAAAAUUUUUAACCUAGUAGAAAACCAUGCAUUAUUUAAUAAUAGUUUAAUUGGAAAUAUAUUAUCACAAUUUCAUGAUAUUAAAGAUAGGAUGAAAAAAUAA